AUGGCACAGCAGUACGCACCGAAAGGCGAGCCAGGCCAGCCGUCCUACGCGCCUCCCCAGCAGUACCCCCCCGCAGGAGUGCAGCCGGCCCCCUACGCAGCCCCACAGCAGGACCUCGGUGGCCCACCUCCCCAACAGGGACCCCCCUACCAGCCACAGCCGCAAUACCAAGCGCCACCAGCAGGCCCGGAGGCGGGCCCGUACAGCCCGCAAGCGGCAGGCAGCAAGCGGCGGUACGAUGAUAGGGACGGACCCCCCGAUGCCAAGCGGCAGGCCAUAGGCGCGGCUGAGGGCCCGCAGACCGAGACCGUGUACCGCCUGCUCGUCCAGUCCAAGAAGGUGGGCAGCGUGAUCGGCAAGGCCGGCACGAUAGUGAAGGCAAUCCGCGACGAGACGGGGGCGCGCAUCCGUGUGGUUGAAGGCGUGCCCAACUGCGACGAGCGAGUCAUCGUCAUCUCCGCGCGCUCCGACGCCGCCCGCCACACCGACGCCGCGCAGGAGGCGCUUUUCAAGGUGCAUGCGCGCGUGCACGAGCAUGAGGAGGGCCCUCACCCACCGCCGGCCAACGCGACCACGCGCAUGCUCGUCUGCCACACGCAGGCCGGCUGCCUCAUCGGCAAGGCGGGGGCGAUCAUAAAAGAGAUCAGGGAGGCGUCGGGCGCGCACAUCAAGAUCCUGCCGGCCGAGGACCUGCCGCCGUGCGGGCUUAGUAACGAUCGCGUCGUGCAGUGA